AUGUCUCAAGGAUCCAUGUCCUCACACUCCUCUCAGUCUGCCACCAGCAAGGCUCCCGUUGUCGCGGUUGAUACGGGAUCCUCCUUUAGCCAGGACCUUCAACCUGCCCGACCCAGUUUAGGGGUUAGCUCCAGGACCCGCUCCAGGCGCAAUUUGGUGGUGAAGGAGCUCAACUGGACCACCUCUGAGUCCAACAUGCCAGUGCAGACUCCUCUGGCGGGAGAGUCCCUUGAGAGAGCAAAGCAUGUGUUGGGGCUAUCCACCGGGCUAGGUGAUGGCUCCAGCCUGCUUACUCCAGAAAAUCUGGAGAGGCUCGGUUUUUCCACUACGGUGGUAGAUGCAUCCCCCGUUGACGAGGGGGGUGCAGAUGUGGAGGCGACGGGAAGCCCAGAUAUGGCUGCCAACAUUCCCAAAUUCAUCAAGCGCUCCACUAAAUACGAGGAUCUGUUCGGGGAAGCCUCCGAUUCUCAGGCUCCCCUCUCUGUAAAGCCACUUUCCCAGCUCCCUUCCCCCUCUCUGGAGCAAAAGAAGACCUCCUCCGGGGGUCGCAAGCGGGACCCCUCCAAGACUGCUGAGGCGGGGUCUUCAGCUGAAGGCCGUACGAGCAAGAAGCCCAGGUUAACCCUGGCCCGCAGCUCUCCCGCUUCCUCCUCUUCUCAAAAGACUCAGCUCUUUCAGCGGAUGCUCUCCGACCAGGUCCCCGAGGCUACCGUCCGGGAGUGGGACAGGCUUUCAAUAGCCGAGGCCACCCGUGACAAGGUGGUGGCCAACGCUAAGAGCCUGUUCCUCGAUCUGAAGAUGGGGGAGCAUGUUGCCGACACAGCCCGGGUCAAUGAGAAGAUGAGGGCGGAUUUGAAGCAGGCUAAGGCGGACCUGGCUUCCGCUGUUAAAGACAGAGAUCUUGUUCGGAAGGCCAACCAGGAGCUGAAGGAGGCCGAAGCCAAAGUCCGUGAGGAGAGGAGGAAGGAGGACGCCGUGAGGCGUUCCUUGGAGGAGGAGACAGAUGGCCUGGGGGAGAUGGUGAAGAGGUUGGAGGGCCAGGUGAAGGAGCUGCAGGAGGCUGCCGUUGCUGCAAAGGCGACGAGGAAGGAGCGGGAGGCCGCCGUUUUUGAGGCCGGAGUUGCCGCAGGGGUCAAGGACUGCGUGAAAUCGGCCUACCGCUUCUUCCCCGACAAUGAUUGGGCUAAGUUGGGGCCUGAUGCUGCGGUAGCCCUGGAGGAGGCGAAGGCCGAAGAUGCUUCUGGCCAGGAGAAGGUUCCGGCGACUUCCCAAGGUUUCUCCGGGGGUGGUGUUGAGAAAAGGGGUGUGGCUGAAGACGAGCCGAAGCCCGUGGAGCCAAUCUCUGCGGGAACUGAGGUGACGCCCCCGGAAGGGGUUCCAGCUACAACCCUAGCGACCACCCUGGCUCCGCAAGACAUCCUCCCUGCUGACGAGAAGGGCUCCUCCUCUCCUGCUUCCUGA